AGCCAAUUGAGUAACAGUUAUGGAAGAGCAAAAAAGUGCCAGUUUGGAACAAGAUUUUGAAGGGCAGGCUACUCAUACAGGGCCCAAAGGCGUGAUCAAUGACUGGAGAAAGUUUAAAUUAGAAAGUGAAGACAGAGAUUCCCUCCCUUUGAGCAAGAAAGAGAUCCUCAGACAAAUGUCUUCGCCACACAGAUCUCUCAGUAAAGAUGAUAAAGACACCAGAGAGAGAUUCAGUCGUAAGAUGAGUAUGCAGGAGUAUGAGCUCAUCCAUGAGGAGCAAGAGGAUGAAAGUUGCCUACGAAAAUACCGCAAACGCUGCAUGCAGGAUAUGCAUCAGAGGCUGAGCUUUGGGCCCAGAUAUGGCUAUCUGUAUGAGCUGCAGAAUGGAGAACAGUUCCUGGAAGUCAUUGAAAAAGAGCGAAAAACUGUCAUGGUCAUUGUUCACAUUUAUGAAGAUGGCAUCAAGGGCUGCGAGGCACUAAACAAUAGCUUAACUUGCCUUGCUGCAGAAUACUCCACAAUGAGAUUUUGUAAGAUAAAGGCAUCUAACACAGGUGCUGGAGACCGCUUUUCAACUGAUGUGCUCCCAACCCUGCUUGUCUACAAGGGUGGGGAGCUUUUGAGCAAUUUUAUUAGUGUUACUGAACACUUCAGUGAGGAAUUUUUUGCUGUGGAUGUGGAAUCUUUCCUACAUGAGUAUGGGCUGCUACCCGAAAAAGAGAUUCCAGCACUUGGAAAUGGCAAUACAGAUGAUCAAGAUAUUGAAUAAUUGGAGAGGGAUAUAGCCCUUCGUUAUCUCCUAUUUCUCCAUAUAUUGCCAUUGGAUCUCAGCAGAACCCAUGAUCAUUUAGAGAAGCCUGUGUGUGCUCAUUACUUUAUAUGUAAGAGAUACAUAUAUAAAUAUUUCUUAACCGUCAGUAUGUGAAUUUUAUUUAAAGCACAUCUAACAGCCCUAUACAUAUGUUUCCAUGGAAUCUACAGUAAUAACAUUAGGAGAAAAUACAGGUGAUGAUCUUUAUAAAAUUAGUAAUAGGUUUUAAAUUAGAUACAGGUCUUAAAAGGUAAGUUAGGCACUAAUCCUGUACCCAUUAAAGCCAAAAGGUUAGCAUCUAAUUUCAGUCAGAACAGAAUAAGGCCCUUCUAAACUCCUUCCUCAGUGUAUUCUGCACCAAUGCACAUGUGCAGAAUUUAUGUUGCUGCAGAUUUUUUUUGCUUCCCUACAGAAAAAUGAUUUUCUAAUGGGGAAGUGACAAGUGCGGUCACGUAACCCUCCCCCAUAGUAUGUUUCGGGUGCUGACAGAGGUAAAUCACUGUGGGGCGGGACUGGGGAAGAGCCAGUUGGUGGCUCCUACCCUGUGCUGGGCUCAGCUGCUAGUCUCGGCUGGCAUCCAGGUCUGGGUCAGACCCACCCCCAGAUUUGUCCCCAGGCUGUAGGAAGCUCUGCAAAUUCCAUCCCGCACCCCCACCAGUGCUUCCUGGACCCAUCACUCCUCAGCUGCAGGGGGAGGGAUCCUGUACAGGGAGCUGCUCCCCCAUCUGCCCAACCCCUGUGCACCCAGAUCCCCUCAUACCCAGACCCUCCCGCAGAGCCUCACCCUCCUCCUCUGGACCCAGAACCCUUCCUGACAAGCCCCACUUCCCCUGUAGCUGGACUAUCUCAAUGAGCCACCUGCACCAGGAUUCACACCCCUCUGAGCCCCAAGCAGCUGCAAUUGUAUCCCCACCCCACUCCCCCAGCAUCUAGAUUCCUCCACUGAGCCUCCUAGACCCACCUGCCAAGCUCUAUCCUCCCCACGCCAACACCCCCCCGCUAAGCCCCAACCACCUUCACCUGGAUCCCCCUGCAGCAUCCCAUUACCAUUGCACCCAUAACCCCCCCAACAAGCCCCUGUGCAGCCAGAUGCCUGCACACGCAGAUCCCCCAGUGAGCUGCCCACACCCAGAUUGCCCCACACAGAACCCUCUCAACCCACACUAAGCCCUUGGACCCUGCAGGGCUGAGCCUGCCUGCAUCUGGCACAGAGGGGCAGGCCCUGGGGUGUUUCUAGGGCAGGCCUGGUCCUUAUGCUGUAUGAAAGUUGGAUGCAGGCUCACCGCUGAUUCCAUGUUCAGGAGGAGCUGCAGAGUGAGCUGUGCUUCCUAAUGCCAUGCUGGAACUUCCACAUUUGUUUAACAAAUAACAUUUGCAGAAUUUUUAAUUUUUUGGCACAGAAUGCUCUCAGGAGUAGUAUGUGUGUGCAUGGGUGAGGAGACACACCCUACACAUCUACAGCAAAGAAGGGACUAUAUGCAAGAUCACCACCUGACUGAAGUCACUUGCAAAACUCCCAUUGAUUUCAGUGGGGCCAGAAUUUCUCCCAAUAAUGUUAAAGAUAAAUCAGUAUUUGGGCUGUGAAUGUUCACAGGUUACAUACGUAAGAAAUAUAGGUCACACUGUUAAAUAUUUUGUUUUGUAUUUAACUUUUGAUAAUUGUGAAAAUAUGGAUUAGUUCAUUGCUGAAACAAGAGCUCCUCUUGAGAAAAUAAUAUCACACAUACUUUAACCUCUUUGUUAAUGCAAACUUUAUCAGCUGCUUUCCAGUAUGGUGUUGUACCAUGGUCUGACCAUUGAAGUUAAUUAUUUAAAACAUUUGUGAUU